AUGCAUCAUAUUAAUUUUUUAUUUAGUAGAACACAUAAAGUAGUUCUACUUGUCGAACUUAGAAUAACUCGACAUAUUAAAAAUCAAUGUGUAAAACAUAAAAGUAUAACACAUACAGAAAUCACCCAAGCUGGAUUUAUUCGUUGUCUAGCCCGUUUCUUUUAUGAUACACGCAUUAAACCAAAUAAUAAUAAUGGGAAUACUGUUAAUGAACACGAAUAUUUUACUAAAGAACACACUAUCGAUGAUCUUUAUAAACUUGCAUAUCCUCAAUAUAAUCAAGCACAAAUAAAAUUAUAUUCACUUCCAUUAAAAUUGAUUCUUGAUUUGGUCAUGACAGAAGAUGCUCUUGUGGAUUUUAAUUCAAAUACAAAGAAACUUUCAGCAGCACAUUUUGAUAGUGAAGCAUUUAUAAAUGGUAGUCGACGCAUUCUUCAACUUAGACAAAAAGUUGUUAAUGAUGCGCGUACUACCAGUAAAAAUUUGACUAAUGCUCGUCAAUCGCUUGGACGAUUGCUUCAUACAUUACAAGAUUUUUAUUCACAUUCGAAUUGGGUUGAAAUGGGCAAAACGAAUAUUAAUAAUCUUAUUGGAGUCAGGGAAAAUAUUGGUUCAGUUGCCGGUCGAAAUCAAGCGACAUGUACAAAUAUUGGUUGUACUAGAAUACAAAAGUCAUGUACUCUUUGGCAACGAAUUGUAUUCAGAACUUGUCCUCUUGUUUAUUAUGAUUGUAAAAAUAAUAUUUUACCACAAAUCAAUAAUCAAAAAUUACUUACAAUGAUUGAUGAUUCAUCAAAUGUACCAGCUAUUGGUGGAAUAAAUAAAGAUGCUAAUACUUUAAUCCUCUCACCUCACUCUAAUCUUCAUUUUAAAGCUGUUGAUUUAGCUAUUAAAGCAACUGAACAAUUUCUCAAUAAUCUACGCAAAGAUGUUGGAGAUAAAAGUUUCGAUCGACUUUUUGCCAUUAAUCCAACACAAGCACAGCACCAAGCGGCAUCAAAUGCAGUUGACAAUGGACAACAAUUUCGAUUUUUUACAUCAUCUCUUUCAGUUAGUUUGAAAGAAAGUGAUGGUCUUCUUACUGAUUUAAAAAAUUGGGUCAAAAAACGUAUUAAUAUGAUUAAAUCAAUAUCAAACAGAUUGUCUUCUGGUCAGAAAAAUCUUGACGUACCAACAUAUGAUUUAAGUGAUCUAGGGGUUAAUGUCAAAGAUGUGAAUAAUUUUCGUGCAGCACCUUAUAUUAUCGGACGCAAGAAACGUUUUAUUGAUGUUCUUCGUCAUCGCCAAUAA